CCAAAGCUAAAGUAAAGGGAGUGAAUGACAGCUAAAAAAAUUCGAAAGCAACCAAAUAAGGAACUUAACUACAAAUGGGAGAGAUGGGUUGGAAUGAGAUCCUUUUUUUGGAAAAGGCCAUGGAAAUUUGCAAUGCAAAAAUUCAAAGCAGAUUGCUUCUUAUGUUGUUAAUUUUGAUGCUUCAUGUUGCUUCAUGUUUUGCAGAUUCUAAUAGGGCUCCAGAGAGGCCCUCUUUUGGGAACUUCAUUCAAGAAACUGUUGCUAUUUUCAAGAAAUCUCAUUCCACUCCAUGGGACAAAAUCAAAAGUCUCAUUCACCAAAUGCAGUUGCAGUUUUUCCCUCCCAAUUUGGAUUUUAGGAGUAGAGAUGAACCAAAGGGUAUGGUUGAUGAAGUGAAAGAAGCAGUGGAGAAGAGCUUUGGAGCAAGCAAAGAUGCAGUUGAGGUAUCUGCUAAAUCUGCAGCAAAAGUGAUGGAGGAAGCAGUUGACAAAGUGAAAGAGAACCUGGUAGAUAAGGACAAGGACAAACGUUCUCAUGAUGAGCUUUGAUUUGAUCUUCAAGGACAUUUUCCAUUUUCUUAAAACUCUCUUAUUUUUUCUUUUAAACCAGAGAUUCAAAUUGAAUAGGCUUCUUGUGACA